AUGCGGUAUGAAUCCACUCAGAGGCAUAUGGGAGCCUUGUACGUAGGAUAUCAGAAAACUACCGAGCUAGCUACAGGGCGAGGGUCGAGCCAGGGUCGGAGCCGAUACGGAGACCCUUCGGAUAGAAUCGUUACAGUGCUUAAGAAAGCCUCGAGAAUGCCAAGACAUUUCAUCGAUUACCUGCCCCGACAGAUUGCACGGAUUAACGCACACAAUAGAUCGCGGGCGGGGACGCGAGGAACACGCACAGUGCGAGCUUGCGCGGAGCCUGCAACACCCGCGACCACCACAACCGUGGUGCCACGACCACCACAAUCGUUAACACAGCAGGCUCUGCAGUUCAUUGCACCAGCAGCCGCGCCCGCCGACCACGACGACUACCACCACUACUACUAA